AUGUGUCAGACAGAUCUGGCCGACUGCUCGUGACGCGCCGACUGAGCCGAACCGAGCCGAGUCCAGCCGAGUGGAGUCGGGCGGGAGCGACUUUUCCGGGCGGAGCAGCGGAGGGACACGAGCGGCGUUUAUCUGUCUGUGUGUCCGUCUGCUCUCCGCCGCCGCCUCAGUCUCUCCGUUUCGGGACUCGCGACCGGCGGCUAUGGAGCCGUCCGCCUCCUACUCUCGCCACUGAGGGACCGUCGGAUGCUCGAGCGGCCGUCGAGGCGGAGGCGGAGGACUGGGAGGGGGCAUCCCGGUCGUUCUUCGACCACUAGGCUGACUCACCGGGGCAGCGUCUGACCACAGGAGAAGAAGGAGAAGAAGGAGAGGACGGGAAAAAAAGAAAGGAAGGAAACGUGAAGUCAGGAGAGUGAGAGAAAGUGACAAGAAGGAGGCGAGCGCAAGGCUGAAAUCCUGGGAGAGAACCUGCGACGCCACCAUGAGCGACCAGAACGUUGUCAAGGAAGGAUGGGUCCAAAAAAGAGGCGAGUACAUCAAGAACUGGCGUCCUCGCUACUUCCUGCUGAAGACGGACGGCUCCUUCGUCGGCUACAAGGACAAACCGCAGGAUUCGGAUCUGGCCUACCCGCUCAACAACUUCUCCGUCGCAAAAUGUCAACUCAUGAAGACGGAGCGUCCCAAACCCAACACCUUCAUCAUCCGCUGUCUGCAGUGGACCACCGUCAUCGAGAGGACCUUCCACGUGGAGACGCCGGACGAGAGGGACGAGUGGGCGGAGGCCAUCCAGACGGUGGCCGAGUCGCUGGCCAAGCAGGAGGAGGAGGGCAUCCUGUGCGGCCCCGCCUCGCAGAUGGAGAACGUCAACGAGGAGGAGAUGGACACCUCCAUCAGCCACUACAAGCGCAAGACAAUGAACGACUUUGACUAUCUGAAGCUUCUGGGCAAAGGCACCUUCGGCAAAGUCAUCCUGGUGCGAGAGAAGGCCAGCGGAACUUACUACGCCAUGAAGAUCCUCAAGAAGGAAGUCAUCAUCGCCAAGGACGAAGUUGCUCACACGCUCACGGAAAGUCGGGUGCUAAAAAACACUCGGCAUCCAUUCCUGACGUCUCUCAAGUACUCCUUCCAGACCAAGGACCGCCUCUGCUUCGUCAUGGAGUACGUCAACGGAGGAGAGCUGUUUUUCCACCUGUCCCGGGAGCGGGUGUUUUCCGAGGACCGCACGCGCUUCUACGGCGCCGAGAUCGUCUCGGCGCUGGACUACCUGCAUUCGGCCAAGAUCGUCUACCGGGACCUCAAGCUGGAGAACCUGAUGUUGGACAAAGACGGACACAUCAAGAUCACCGACUUCGGCCUGUGCAAAGAGGGCAUCACCGACGCGGCCACCAUGAAGACCUUCUGCGGCACGCCCGAGUACCUGGCGCCCGAGGUUUUGGAGGACAACGACUACGGCCGCGCGGUGGACUGGUGGGGUCUGGGCGUGGUGACGUACGAGAUGAUGUGCGGGCGGCUGCCCUUCUACAACCAGGACCACGAGAAGCUCUUUGAGCUCAUCCUGAUGGAGGAGAUCAAGUUCCCGCGCACGCUGUCGGCCGACGCCAAGUCGCUGCUCUCGGGCCUCCUCAUCAAGGACCCCAACAAACGGCUGGGCGGGGGACCGGAUGACGCCAAGGAGAUCAUGCGACACAGUUUCUUUGUCACCGUGGACUGGCAGGACGUCUACGACAAGAAGAUGGCCCCGCCCUUCCAGCCUCAGGUGAGCUCUGAGACGGACACGCGCUACUUUGACGAAGAGUUCACGGCGCAGACCAUCACCAUCACGCCACCGGAGAAAUACGACGAGGACGGCAUGGACGCCGCCGACAACGAGCGGCGGCCUCACUUCCCGCAGUUCUCCUACUCGGCCAGCGGGCGAGAGUGAGCGCCUGAGCGCCCCCCUGGCCCCGCCCCUCCUCGCCCCGCCCAAAACUCACCCCCGCUCUGCCUCGUCUCCGUUUGGAGGAAAGCACGUAGCCAUUUUUAGGGGAAAAAAAACAACCCCGGUCUCACCUCUCUGUUUUCCCCGGGCAAGGGGGGGGGGGCUUGCGGGAAGUCUCUCGGUGGACUUUAAAACGUUUUUUUUGCACAGUGGGCACGCACCCACGCUAAACAGGAGUCGGCCACGUUUUUUUUUUCUUCUGCAGGAGGCCAACUUUGUAUUUAUUUUCCUCUCCGCCUUCUCCAUGUUACAUCGUGUGCUCCUUGUCCUCAUGGUGGUGAUGAUUACCCCUAACCACCCCCCCCUUAUUGCACUUGCGUCGGAAGCAGAAGACAUCAAGGGCGACAAUGUUUUGUUUUUUUUGGGGGGGGGGUGGAACAAAGCACCAAAAACGUUGCCUUACGUGUGCCCACUUGUUGUCUCCGCACGCCUUUGGUUUUUUGUUUUGCUCGAGAGUAACGCGCAUGACUCCCCGGGUCGCCUGGAUCGUAACGCACGCAAAAAAAAAAUACCCCAAAACAACCCCCCCCGCCCCCCACAUUUGUUGUUUCACGUUUGUUUUCGUCUCGUUCGGUGCGGAAACGCUUUCGCAAACAUGGACAUGGUUGUCGUGUUCUUUGGCGUUCCCCAUCUUGUCUCCCCCCCCCACACAUUGACACGCGUGCACCGACAUACACGCGCGCCGUCCGCCGCCCGACGCUCCCGCCGGUCUUUGGCGCAGCUCCCCCAGCCCGCAACGGCCGAUCGAAAGGCUCAACGCGUCGCCGAGGGCCCACUGGAUUUUUGCGCUCGUCUGCGACGCGAUUCUGUUUCAAAACUCAGGAGUUGUGCAUCUCGUCUGCUGAAACGCAAUGUCAUUUUUUUUUCCCCAAGGCUAACGGACAAACGUUACAUGCGAAGGAAACGAUGGGGUUGUCUCCCCCUGGUGGAAAGGAAACGUAAAAGCCGCCAAGUCGCGGCCAACUGUUUUUCUCGCGCGCACUUCUCCAGACUCGUUUCUUUCCGAGGGUGACCAAUCACUUUGGAGUGCAAGAGACGCGUCCGGACGCGGAGUUCCGUCUGGUUGCAGAAACAUUCCCGUGAAAUGGCGCCGCCUGGUGUCCUGUACAUAGUUAUGCAAUACGCUUUCUCUCCCUUUUCUUUUCAAAUGAUCCGUCUCCAUGGCGAGGGGCCUCAGCCCCGCCCCAUCUCUUC